UAAAGCGAUGGUGUGGGUAAUGCGAGGUGUCAUGUAACGUUAUAGUGUGUGUAUCUGAAGAGUUUAAGUGGAACGACACACACAUCACCAUAGAAACCUGGCUAUAUAGAAAUUGGUUCCCAGCGUUUCACGCCUCUCGGUAAAUGACAUCGCGAGAAGGAGGAGGAGGAGAAGAAGAAGUGUUUCCGGAAGACGUGGCUGUAGCUGCAGUGGCAGCUGUGAUCCCAGCUCACAGAGCAGCGCCCAAACAGCUCUCCGUUAUUAUAGUUUUAAUAGUUAUUGUUGUCAGGAUGAUUUCGCUCACGGAUUCACAGAAAAUUGGAAUGGGAUUAACAGGCUUCGGCGUGUUUUUCCUCUUUUUUGGGAUGAUCCUGUUUUUUGACAAAGCACUCCUUGCUAUUGGAAACAUCCUGUUUGUUGCUGGACUGGCUUUCGUCAUUGGGCUGGAGAGAACCUUCCGCUUCUUCUUCCAGAAGCACAAGAUAAAAGCUACAAGUUUCUUUCUCGGUGGCGUGUUUGUGGUGCUAAUUGGUUGGCCCAUUGUCGGUGUCGUGCUGGAGGUCUAUGGUUUCUUUUUGUUGUUCAGGGGUUUCUUCCCAGUCGUAGUGGGCUUCAUCAGGAGAAUACCUGUCCUGGGCUCCAUCCUAAACCUGCCCUUCAUCAGCUCACCUUCGUAAAGGUGUGAGAAUCAGCAGUUGUGUACGUAGACAAAGCGGGUGAGAGCAACACCAUGGUCUAAUACUGGUGCUGGGUCACACUGAGGACUGCCUGACUACUACAGGUUUUAUAAACCUGCACAAGCUUCUGUUGGCUUCAUCAAAGCAGCAAAGAUUUGUCCCCCUUCAGCAGACAAGGACUGCUACUGUCUGUCACAGUCCAUCAUUGCCCAGCCAGUCUGGAGUGACUGGAGCCACUACAACCAAUACUGAACACUAUCAGUCCCUUUACUGAGUGCACCUGGCCUAAGCACAGACUGUGGGAGCCUCCCCCUGUGUCACUGUAUGGACAGACAGACAAGUAACAGCGGUGAGCUGCCAGGGUGUCACCUUCCCGUGCCUGUGCUUUAUUUGGAUAAAGGUUUUUAAGCCCA